AUGAAAGGCUUAGAAAUGGUGGUGACGUCUGUCUCUUCACCGCCGCCUAUCUUCUUCUACUUCCUUGGACCUGAUCCUCAAUUUUCUCCUUCCAAUGGCCGAAUUGCAAUUCCUUCGUCGCUCUCUUCCUAUAGUCUGGUCUUUCUUUUGCCUCCUCUCUUGAAUUCUUUUAUGACAAUUGUCUAUCUUAGGUUGGUAAGACCAUCAGGAACAAGUAUCCAGGCUUGCUUUAUCAUGAGAAAAGGACUAAGAAGACACCAAGAUGCAAACUUGGUUGGAAAUAGGGCCAGAGGCGGAGUAGUUCGUGUCCUGGCGAAUCCAAAUGCAUCUCCUCCUCCAGGGAAAGUAAAGGCAAAAAAAGAGGUAAUCAUGGUAGACCCUCUUGAGGCCAAGCGGUUAGCUGGGAAGCAAAUGGAAGAGAUUAAAGGCAGAGAGAAGCAACAGAGAAGGCGUGAAAUAGAGGCUAUAAACGGAGCAUGGGCAAUCAUAGGACUGACGAUAGGGCUUGUGAUCGAAGCCCAAACGGGGAAGGGUAUUCUUGCUCAGAGACUUGUAGUCACGGACCGUCAAAUUCCCGCCGCCGUCGCCGUCGCCGUCGCAGAAACCCGUUCAUCUAUGGCUUUUGCAGGACACUCCAACGGCUAUACCACGGCGGCUUUAGCCUUCACACUUGCCGUCGUAUCUGUCUCCGCCGCAGUCUCCAUGUAUAGAUGGCGAAGACGAGGAGAAGAUUUGAAGUGUACGAUUAAGGAACUUGAGAAGUCUUUGGGAUCUACCAUGGAUAUAAGUGCUUCAGAGAGAAGAGGCCGAGUCAAGGCUCAACAGGCAUUACGGGAAGCGUUAACUCAGAGUGAGUCGCAUAACUUACACAACACUUUAUACCCGAUGCGACCAAUUGGCACUAUACAGUCUUGCUUCUCUACAAGGAACGGAACACCGAGGCAGCCAUUGCUUGUUUCUCUUGCGAGGGCAUGUUUGAUCUUUGAUCCGGCUUUGGUUCCUCCUGCAUCUCUUGAGGGUCUUGACGAGUAUUCUCACUGCUGGAUACUAUAUGUGUUUCAUCUCAACACUGAUAUCGAGAAGCUAUGGAGAAAGCCAUCUCAGUCUAAGCUCAAGGCAAAGGUGAGAGUGCCAAGGCUAAAUGGGGAACGAAAGGGAGUCUUUGCUACUCGGUCCCCUCAUCGACCUUGUCCCAUUGGGCUCACUGUUGCCAAGGUGGAGGAAAUCCAAAAGAACAAGGUUCUGCUCUCUGGGGUCGAUCUAGUCGAUGGAACUCCUGUGCUUGACAUCAAGCCUUAUUUACCGUACUCAGAUAGCAUUCAAGGAGCCUCAGUACCAAACUGGGUACAGGAGGAGUGCUCAUUGGCUGUCGCGUCUGUGAGUUUUUCGGACACCUUCUCUUCCUCCAUCACCAGCUGCUGGAAACUGAUAGAAAAGAAGUCUCUGUAUGGUUCAGCGGAUGAGUUGAAGAGCUUGAUUACGCAGGUCCUGUCAUGGGACAUACGAUCAAUGUCACAGCGGAACAAGCCACAAGAUACAUCAGAUGCAGAGAGCAUCGUCUAUCACUUGGUUCUGGAGGGACUAGACGUGUCUUACAUGAUAGAUAAUGAAACUAGCAUCCUCGUCCAAGAUGUUUCCCUUGCUAAUAACCUGGAAGAUGUUGCAGGAAGCUGA